AUGUUGGUACAUUGUUGUUGUUUUGUAGUUAAUUUAGUACGAGGAUACACCGCUGCCCGUCUGCUGCUGGACGCGAACUACCAACUGUGUCAAGUUACCCCGUCUCUUGUAUCGGAAAUCUACUCCGCCAGUUUUUACGCAUUCCGGGUCCACACAGAUAUCCACAGAGAUUUUGCCGAUUGUUGCUUGUCUUCUGCAAGAUUCUGGCCAGUUGCCUGCAUGCAGGGAAUGACGACUAAUUUCAAGACGAGCAAAGCUUUAAAGGUCAAGAAGGAGACGGGCGAGAAUGCCCCGGCGCUCAGCGACGAUGAACUGGUGGCCAUGUCUGUGCGGGAGCUCAACCAGCACCUGCGUGGGCUGACCAAGGAGGAUGUCGUGCGGUUGAAGCAGCGGCGACGGACCCUGAAGAACCGGGGCUACGCCGCCAGCUGCCGCAUUAAACGCGUCACCCAAAAGGAGGAGCUGGAGAGACAAAAGACAGAGCUACAGCAUGAGGUGGACAAGCUGGCCCGCGAGAAUGCUAGCAUGAGAUUGGAAUUGGAUGCCCUCCGAGCCAAGUAUGAGGCCCUGCAGUGUUUUGCCCGGACUGUGACCCGCGGGCCCCUCUCGCCAGGAAAGGUGGCCACAACGAGUGUCAUCACCAUCGUCAAGUCUGCCAACCACAACAACUCCAGCCCAACCCCGUUUUCAGCUCAAUCCUAG